AUGCAGACUCUCCCCCGCACCACAGAUGAGAGCUGUGAAAAUAUAUAUGGAAUGAUCAUGAAUAUAAGAAAACCUGUGAUGGCCGAUCAGCUUACUGCAGUUUUAGCUCUCCCAAAGAUUGCAGCAGCAUUAGGUCCAAAAAGAACGGCCAACGAACUAUUUCCUUACAUCAUUGAAACACCAUCAUUCAAUGAAAAGAUUUGGCUUGAAAUUAUUAACCAAUUACCAAACCUUCAGUUAAAUAAAUAUUCAAAUGAUGAUCUCAAAUCAAUUCUUAGUGAUGUGAGCCAAAUUUCUAAAAUAGAAUCUCAUCAAAUCCGUAAUUCCAUCAUAUCUGCGUUUUACAUCAUUUUCCAAACGCUUGACCAAACACAAAUUUCAAAUAUUUUAAUACCUCAAAUACUUUCAAUGCUCAAAAGUCCACUUGCUACUAUUCGUUCAUCAGCAAUUUACAUUUAUUCAAAGAUUUGCACAAAAUUAAGUGAAGCAAACAAAUCUACAAUUUUCAGAGAAAUACAAGGGCUUGAGUCAGACAAAACACCAUUAGUACGUCAGUCUCUAUCAUAUUCAGCCGCUAUUAUUACAAAAACCAUUAACAAAGUCGAACAAGACAAAUUAUUAGAAAUAAUGACAAAGUUUUCAAGAGAUGAAUGCUUAUCAGUAGCUUUACCUGUUGCAGACUACUUCGUUUCUUUCGUUGCUACCACAGGACGUGUCUCAGAAGCUCUUCAAGUUGGUGAAGAUUUAAUGAUUCAUCCAAAUUGGAAAGUUAGAGCAAGAUUCAUGUCCCAGAUCCACGAUAUCUUCUCAAAGGAUACAUCUGCUGAAGAUAUUUUCAAUUUUAUUAGCCCUGGCCUUAAUGAUUCCGAUCCAGAAGUUGCAGCAGCCGCUGCAAAACAAGUUGCUUUUUAUUUGACGAUUUCCGGAGCAAACAUAGCUCAAGCACAAGCAGCUCUUGAAGCAGCGUUUAAUGAUCAAAGACCUCAAGUAGUAUCCGCAGGUUUAAGGAGUCUUCCAACUUAUCUUUCCAAGAAAAAUGAUGUCGAUUUCGCCACUAAAAAUUUGACAAAAUUGGCUAAAAGUGACAAUCCUGACAUUUCUCUUGCCGCUCUUGAAGUUCUUAAGUGUUCAACAAUUCCUGAUGAUGUAUCAACAAGUUGCAUCACUGAGUUACUGAAGAGCAAGGAAUGGAGAGAAAGAGAACCUGUUGUCAGAAUGCUUCCACAAUUAAUUAAUCAUCCAUCAGAUAGCGCAUUGAGUGUCAUCAAAUUAGCAUUGUUUGAUGAUGCUUGUGCUGUCAGAUCAGCUGCUCUUGACUCAACAGUGAAGAUUGCUUCAAAUCUCGGAAAAGAGUGGUGUUUGAAAGAUUUCAUCAAAAUUUUCCAAGAAGGAGCGAAAAGUGAUGAUUAUCAACUGAGACAAACAGCUGCAAUUGCAGUAAUUGAUAUAGGAAUACAGGAUAGUAGUGAAGUUUACGAGACAAUGAAGUCUCUUUGCGCAGAUCCAGUAACAAAUGUUAGAUACGUAAUUGCAAAAAGACUCCCUCGAAAUUCAAAGCUACUUGACUUAUUCAAGAAUGAAACAGACCAGGAUGUUAAAGAUGCUUGCACUUGA